AGAGAGAACAAAGAGUGCAAUUCCCUCCUGCACCAUGCAGCAGCCUGCUGCUACCAACAUCGCUCCCCACACCCAACAACACCCACCAGCUUCCUUAUCCCAUGCUGCAUGGGCUAGAUCUAAAGCUACAUGUUCUCUCCCCGGACACCUCGUGUUGCUCUCUCACUGUUCGUCUCGGCCCCGCCGCCAUGUGGAGGCUCUCGCCGUUCCUGCCACUUGCUCCCAAGGAAUCUCCAACGGCAACAUCGGCCAAGAUGUACAACUAAGGACAGACAAGUUCUUCGAACUGGAGAUGACCGUCCAUGACAGCGAGCUUGACCAGUAUGGAGUCGUUCACAAUGCCAUGUAUGUCGUUUACAUCCACAAAGCUCGAGAGGAGAUGGCUGCGAGCAUUGGCUUCAGCAUGACCUCCAUAGCACGCACCGGCAACGCGAUGGCGGUCUUGGAAUUGAACCUCAAGUACUUCAAGCCUCUACUACGAGGUGCCAAGUUCGUUGUCAAGGUGAGGCUCGUCCAGAUAAAGGGCACACGGAUACUCGUCGAUCACAUCAUCGAGACGCUGCCAAACCGUGAGCUUGUUUUGGAAGCGACGGCGACCGUCGUCUGCCUCAACAAGGACUACCGUCCCACCCGCGUCUUCCCGGAGAUGUCGUUCAAGCUGCAGCGCUUCUUCUCGUCCCAGGACGACGAGGGUGGAGACCAGCUUACAAGUUAUAAAGUGUUGUCGUAAACUUCCUGUGCAUGGUGUUGUAGACACAAGAUGUUCAUCCUUGAACCUGUUAAGAAUUUGUGAACGAUGCUUUAUAGCCUGUAUAAAUUACUCUAUCUGAUAUUGCUAAGACGAUGGUUUCAGACUACCUGAUGUACUACUUUGUAAUGUCUUUGUGAAUAAUUAAUAAAAUGGUUGCAUGCAUCGCCCAGAUGCAGAGAC